AUGUCCAAUGUCACUGCAAUAAGUGGAUUCACUCUAAUGGGGUUCUCUGACAUCAAGGAGCUACAGACUUUUUGUGGAGUGUUCUUCCUAGUGAUGUACAUGGCAGUCCUAAUAAGUAAUGUCAUCAUCAUUACUCUCAUCACCCUUGACCUGCAACUUCAAACACCCAUGUACUUCUUCCUGAAGAAUUUGUCCUUGCUGGAUAUCUUAUUUCUAUCAGUUCCUAUCCCAAAUUUCUUUGUCAGUAGCCUAAGUCACAACAGUUCUAUUUCCAUUCUUGGUUGUGCAUUUCAGGUAUUUUUAAUGACUUUUUUUUCAGGAGGGGAACUAUUUGUCCUUACUGCUAUGUCCUAUGACUGCUAUGUUGCCAUUUGCAGUCCCCUGCACUAUGAUGCCAUCAUGAAUAAUAGUACCUGUUUGCUGAUGGUGGGUAUUUCCUGGACCACUGGAGUACUCUUUGGAGCCAUAUAUACAGCUGGCACAUUUUCCAUGCAUUUCUAUGGCUCCAAUGUGAUCCCACAGUUUUUCUGUGCAGUUUCCUCAUUGCUAAGGAUUUCAUGCUCCCAAAUGCUUUUGUUCAUUUAUACAAGUCUUGGAAUUGGUGUGUGUCUAGCCACAUCUUGUUUUGUAUGUGUGGUGAUCUCUUACUUUUACAUAUUCUCUACUGUACUUAAGAUUCCUACUACUAAAGGUCAGUCCAAAGCAUUUGCUACAUGUAUCCCUCACCUCACUGUUUUCACUGUUUUCAUUGUUACUGCUUGCUUUGUCUAUCUGAAGCCACCCUCAUAUAUACCAUCAACAUCAGACAGGCUUUUCUCUCUGCUCUACACGGUGUUACCCCAGCACUUAAUCCUGUUAUCUAUAGCCUGA